UUGGUUUUCAUACUCUUGGGUGGAAAUUAAGUUAGAAAUUUCCUUCUGCUGAUUGACCAAUCAGAGAGGGAGAGAGAGAGGAUUAGAUUUCUAUUCCCUUUUUGUGAUUUGCUUCACAUUUUGCCACUUCGGCACUUCCCUUUUAAGUUUUAAGGACAGAUAUUGUGUCCUUAGUCAUACUGCGACCUAACUUUUCUGUUCUGUUCUAAUAUAUUUUCAGAGGUUGAUAACUUUCUUUCGGCACUUAUCUUUUCUUUGACGAAUGGUUGCCUUUGGGAAGAAGCUGAGAGAAUCACAAAUUCAAGAAUGGCAAGGAUACUAUAUCAACUACAAGCUCAUGAAGAAGAAAGUAAACCGUUAUUCGCAACAAAUUCAGCUCAGAGCACAAGAUCGCCCUCAUGUUCUUAAAGACUUCUCAAGGUUGCUGGAUAGUCAGAUAGAGAAGAUUGUUCUGUUUCUUUUGGAACAACAAGGAUUGCUUGCAAGCAGGCUAUCGAAUCUCAGAGCACAGUAUGAUGCACUCUCACAGCAUGAUGCACUCUCACAGCAAUCAGAUGGGAAAGACAUAUCAGAAGUACAAGAAGCAUACAGAGCUGUUGGAAGAGACCUUUCGAGGCUUCUCUUUUUUGUUGAAAUGAAUGCUAUCGGUCUUCGCAAGAUCUUGAAGAAGUUUGACAAACGCUGUGGCUAUAAAUUUACUGAUUACUAUGUCAAAACUCGUUCUGAUCAUCCUUACUCCCAGUUGCGCCAAGUCUUCAAGCAUGUGGGUGUUGGGGCGGUUGUUGGAGCCAUAUCUCGCAAUCUUGCGGAACUUCAAGAUCUUAAAGACAAUCAUGGAAGCUACAUCUCUAUAUAUGAUCAGCCUGCGUUUUCUCAUUCGGAUCCAAUUGUUCAUUCCAUCAAGGCAGCUGUUGAGAGGUUAUCAAACUCAACAAAUUUCCUCCACUUCUUGGGAAGGCAUGCACUUAUUUUCCCAGAGGAGUUGCCAACACCGUCCGAGGAAGAUGUCGAUGACCAGAGAUAUCAUUUUAUAUCACUUCUCUUGAACUUGGCAAACACAUUUCUAUACAUGGUCAAUACAUAUAUAAUUGUUCCAACAGCUGACCACUACUCUCUGACCCUCGGAGCUGCAGUCACCGUCUGUGGUGUAGUGAUCGGUUCAAUGGCCAUUGCUCAGGUGUUCUCAUCAGUGUAUUUCAGUGCGUGGUCGAAUAGAUCCUACAUGAGACCGCUUGUAUUUAGUAGCAUCAUUCUUUUUGUGGGAAACACCUUAUAUGCACUGGCUUAUGAUCUUAACUCAAUACAGGUUCUUUUGAUUGGUCGGUUUUUUUGUGGGUUAGGUUCGGCUCGAGCAGUUAAUAGGCGUUAUAUCAGCGAUUGCGUACCACUUAAGCUGCGAAUGCAGGCUUCCGCUGGUUUCGUCAGUGCAAGUGCGCUCGGAAUGGCAUGUGGUCCUGCUCUUGCUUGUUUGUUUCAAACUAACUUCAAGAUUUACAAAUUCACAUUCAAUGAGGAUACCUUACCCGGUUGGUUUAUGGCUCUUGCAUGGCUUAUCUAUGUAUUGUGGUUGUGGAUUUCUUUUAAAGAGCCUUCUCACCAGAUUAGUAAAGAUCUCACAUCACAAGAAUCUAAUUCUGGGAAAUCUCCACACAUGAGUCAGGCUAAGCUGGAUAAUAAAGACAUUGGGCAGUUUAUAAACGUAGCUGUGGAAAAUGGAAGCACACAACCGUUACUAAUGCACUCUGAAGCUAAUCAACCAGAUGAAGAUGAAGUCCAAGAUUGUGAUGAUGCUGAACAAAAUUCUGAGGAAAUCCAGAAACCAGUUGAUUCAAUUAUGUCAGCAUAUAAAUUACUUACACCAUCAGUAAAGGUUCAACUGUUUAUAUAUUUUAUGCUAAAGUAUGCAAUGGAGAUUUUACUUGCUGAGUCAAGUGUCAUCACUGGCUACUAUUUCGUCUGGUCGACAAGCAGCGUGGCCAUCUUUCUUGCAUGUCUUGGCCUGACAGUGCUCCCAGUAAACAUUAUCGUCGGCAACUAUAUCAGCAACAUAUUCGAAGAAAGGCAAAUUCUACUGGCAUCUGAAAUCAUGGUAUGCUUAGGCAUACUCCUAAGCUUCCAUAUCUUGAUCCCUUACUCUGUGCCUCAAUAUGUUGGCUCAGCCCUUAUCACAUUUGUGUCAGCUGAAGUCCUUGAAGGUGUGAAUUUGUCACUCCUAUCUCGUGUCAUGUCGUCAAGGCUUUCUCGGGGGACCUACAACGGUGGACUGCUUUCAACAGAAGCCGGUACACUGGCUCGAGUAGUGGCGGACGGAACAAUAACACUUUCAGGGUACUUGGGUGAGAGCAUGCUCUUGAACAUCACCUUAGUCCCUGCAUUGUUCAUCUGUAUAUCAUCCAUUGUUGCCACCUGCUUUACUUACAACUCUCUUUACUAAUAACACCUAUAACUUCUCUUGGCAUAAUGUUGUAUAGUAAUGGUGCUAUAGAGCCUCUGAACACUGAUGAAGC